AUGAAGAGAUUCUGGUCGACACUUGUAUAUAGAGACGGUCUCAGUAGACGAGAACCUAAACUUCCGGCAUCGGCACCAGAGUCAACUAGAAAUUCCAUGAUAUCGUUAAACGAUAACAAGAAAUAUACAAGAAUAUUAAAUGGUCUAUUAGGAAAGGGUGACAUUCUAAAGAAGGAAGAUAGUUGUGAGGAAAACAAGACUGAUACCGAAGAUAAGAAUAAGGGUCCUGAAAAAAAAAUAAAGAAAAGACGUGUGAAUAGUGUCUUAUUCAGAGGUAGAGGACACCGGCAGGAUAUUUAUUACACUCCAAUACUAAAAGAAUUAACCAAGCUGAAUAAUUUGAUAACUGAACUAUUUACUGGAAGACUAUACACAGUUGACCUUGCACUAUUCUUUGAAAGUAUAUUAUUGAUUAUUGAAAGAAACGAAUUCAAGGGCAUCGAAGCAUCCGAACCGAUAACGCCCAAGGAUGAAGAACCGAUCACUAGAAUACCGGUUGAUUUCAUUUCCGAAUAUAACAAGACCUUGCUGUUACUAGUCCAGAAAGUGUUCAGAUCACUCAGCGAUAUGGGAGUACUCACAAAUUGGAUAUCAUUUUCAGCAAGGGUAUUAGCAUUUUGUUUUCUAAGGUUACCUGAAGUUGCAUACGCUCUCAUAAAGGAUUUGCCAGUAAAAGAGUUUCAUACAAAGCGAUUACUAGCAAUAAUCGAACCCAAUGAAAAAAUAAAAUCGGAAUCUUUGGCAAAGAGCUAUGACAUGAUGCAAAACAUGUUCCCCAAGAAUAUGCAUCCCUUUUGCUACAAAACUUCAAGAAUAUGGUGGAAUCAACUGAGGAACCCAAAGAAAGAAUGGAGGUCGGCAGACAUAGAAAUGAGCGGAAACUGUAAAAAGAGGUGGCUAGCAGACGAUAGCGAUCUCUUCUUUUCUUUCUACAAACAUUAUCAUAUAGCAUUGAAAUCCUACUUUGCUGAUUCGUCAGACGAAUCGUCCACGUCCCCAUUCGUUUAUAUUGCCUCUCCCGGAUACCUUCAUUUUGCUGGAUUCUUCUUACAAAAACUAGAUUUACUCAUAUACAACAGGGAAGUAUAUGCAAUAACCGGCUACAACCUUAAUUCAAACGGAACCUGGCAGAUACAUACGCCAAAGACGAAUGCAUGUGACAUGGCCAAAAAGGCUUAUAAUAUGGGUAGAACGAUUACUAUGGGAGAAUUCGUAUCGCUUAACAAGAAGCCUCUUGCUCUAGAAGCUGCUUCUAGCAGAUUCGCAGAGACUAUCGCUACUGUUGUCGAGCAGGGAAUUUACGAGCAGAUGCCAAACAUCUGGCUGAAGGCUGUUGUUAAGAAGACUAACAUGUAUGACUGGGAAGGAGUAUUCUGCCUUUUUGAUUUCAUGGAAAAUCUCAUCGAUUCAAUAGAUGAAAGAGUAACCAUAGCACUCUCACCUCCAACAACUACAACGACAAAGCCAAAUCUCUGUUCUACAUCCACUCUACCGUCGAUCGUUGACAUUCCAUUUAUCAUAUCUUUCAUAUCAGUCAUACUCAAAGAAUGCGAUCAUGCUUCAUCUCUACUACGAACAAUAUCUUUUAUAUAUUCGCAAUUUACUCUUCUGACAGCAUCUCCAGAAUAUUUGCAACUACUUGUAUUAGAUACGCUAAUGAUUAGGGAGGUUUUUGAUAAGCUAUUUUGUCACUGGGCAAAGUUUGUUAGAGCCUACUUUAUUAGGUUGCUAGUGUGGAGAGUUAAGAGAAUUCAUUGCAGAGUUACUGGGUGUGAGGACGACUGCGAAGAUGAAGUCUCUAAAGAAGUUCGGAAAAUCCGAAAACUAUACACGCGUCGGAUUGAACGCAUAAAUUCAACUCAUGAAUUAGUUACAGCGUACAAAGCACACAAAGUAGAAGAACAACAGGCUUUAUCUUUGCAUCAAUCCUCGGCAUCAAUCUAUUCGAUUCCUUCAUCAGCAACGUCGGUAUCCUCUCUUCUUUCUCUUUCGUCAACACAAGAUCUCACGUCUGCCGCUUUUGCGCAGAUAGAGCCCAGUUCAUCAUGUAAUCAAGAGGCAUUCAAACUGAGUGCAAGUAUAGAAUGGCAUCUCGCAUUACAGAGAGACACGUAUGCAGAACAUGCACUGUCCGAAUUGGAUAAGACUCGGAAGGAGUACAGGUUGUGGAAGCAAGCCAAAGAGAGUAAUGCUGGAAUGAGGAAGCACGUACCCGGCUUGGUAGUUAGUUUCCCUAGGAACAAGGAAAAUGAUUAG